GCCGUCACGCUCCUGCUCACGACUUGUUGGCAGCACUCAUGGCCGCCGUUGCCUCCGCCGUCAACCCAUCGCGGCUGGCUGCCCUCACUCGCCUCCGAUGCGCCGUAUUCCAGACCUCAUAUAACCCGACAAGCGUUCGGACUGGUGCGAAGUACUUCCGUGCGCGCCUCCGCGGCCCCUCUAUGGUCGAAUACUACCCGCCGCAAAUGACCUUCGGCAUGUUCAAUCGCAUGUCCCGACGAGAAAUCAGGAUCACAGAUCCGACGGAGGCGCAGAGGCUCACGAAUGUGGAGGCGAAGAAGAAGAGAGGAAAGGGCACGCCGAAGAAGGCCAAGUCCGCUGCCGACAGUCGCAGAGUGCGCAGGCGAAAAUAGAACAGUGCAUACUUGUAUGCCGUGGUCGGGUCGUGACGAUUUGCUCUGCAUUGUAUUCAUUGCUCUCGACGAUCGCCAAUGCCCAUAUUCAUCGGGUGUAACUCUCGCGUUUCGUACGCCCAGCUCACAGAUGUGCGCACAAGUUAUCUCAACU